AUGUUACGCGGUGGAAUGAGGUAUUUCUGUGUAUGUCCAGGUACGGUACAGCGCGGCAUCGACGUUAGCGUGCAUAGACGCUAUCCUGUAGCGCGAUCACUUUCGUCUAUGGUUUCUACCAGUAACAGCUAUAUCGCUAUCUCUUCUUCUUGGUGUCGACCUGCUACUAAAGUUGCUGCUGCUGCUGUGCCGUGCCGGCUCAUUGGCUUCCCAUCAUCGCUCUUUAUUAUACGUCAUGGCUCUAACUAUGGCGUUCUUCGCCUUUGGUCAAGUGGUAGGACAUCACGGGAUUCGAAAGAGACAGUACCGCUUACGGAAGAAGAACCGACGUCGACGUCUUUGACUCCGAUUAAAAUAGAAGAAGAUGUAGAGAAGAAGUGGAAGCAGCAACCAAUGGAACAAGUGCCACAACAAUCGUGGCGUCAACGAGCCAAGACGUUUGCCAUCGAGUACGGACGUGUAGGCAUCUGUACACACAUUGUAUUGUCGCUGCUAUCCUUUUCCAUCAUUUACGUGGGAGUAUCCAGUGGUGUUGAUGUAAAAGCCGUCCUGGACUCGGUCGGUAUUUCCACGUCAACAACCACCAGCUCAGCAGGAUCGGUCCUCAUUGCCUAUACGCUCUACAAGGUGCUUGUACCCAUUCGAUGGGCUCUCACAUUUGCUGUAACACCGGUAGUGCUACGUGCUUUGAGACGCAGAGGAUACAUGCUAGCUACGACCAACUCACCAUCCAGUCCGCCGCCACCACCGCAGUAA